AAUGAAGAGCUAUAAAUGUCGGCUUGGACUGCCUCUUCAUACAAAGCAAAGUUGCUUCUCUUAUUUGAAGAGCGACAGAAGGGAUUUCCAGCUAUGCUCUGCUACGUUCUGCUGCUUGCCCUAGUAGCCCCGGGCUGGAGCCACCCCCCAGGGAGGCCAGCCUUUAUGCCUCCUCCUCCUCCACCUAGCUAUGACCUGAUCAAGCCAUGGGGACACCCUGAGGAGUUCAGGACUGGAGCACCCUUACCAACAAAAAAUCUACCCAAUGAACCUGAGCAUGGCAUACAUAAGAGUGACCUUCAUCAUGGAAAAGCUGCCCCCACCGGAGUCCCACAUCAUACAGGAGAAGCCCCACAUCAUACAGGAGAAGUUCCACAUCAUACAGGAAAAGUCCAACAUCAUACAGAGGUCCCACAUCAUAUAGGAAAAGUCCAACAUCAGACAGAAAAAGUCCCACGUCACACAUUAGCCCACAGCAGCAGCAGUGAAAUAAGCCACCCCCCCAGACCUGACAUUACCCACGAGUCAUAUGGAGAAAAGAAACCAGAAAGAUUCAGGACUGGAGCCCCCUUGCCACCCAAAAAACCUGAGCAUGGCAGGCAUAGGAGAGAUCUUCACCAUGGGAAAGCUAUCCCUACUGCAGUCCCUCAUCAUACAGGAGUCCACAGUGGAAGCGGUAAAAUAAGCCACCCUCCCAGACAUGAUCAUUCCACCUUUACCCACAGUGGCGCGUCAAGUAAGGGAAAGGGACCAGGACAUGGUCAGGAGCAUGGAAAAAAGCCAAAACACUAAGACAAGAAACUAAGGAGGAUACCAAGCACAUUGGAUGAAAACAUUAUUUAGAAUUAUGCAACAUCCAAUAAAAUCAUGUUAAAGAUA